CUAACCACUUCCUUCCACUCAGACAUUGCCCCAUUUAAUACUACUCUCUGUUUCCUAUCAGAAAGCCAUUCACUAAUCCAAUCAACUAACCUACCCCCUAUCCCAUGUAGUCUCAAUUUGUACAGUAGCCUUCGUCGUGCAAACUUUUCGGAUGAAGAAAUGCUGACAAUAAUACAGGGUUGGCUGGACAGAAAAACUGUCUUGCAGGAGAAGUUCAGCCAUCAAGUAACUGCAGAGAGAAAAAGAAAGGCAUGGGAAGAAAUAACUUGUGCUAUCAAUGCUGUUUCUCCUGUAGCAAGAGAGAGAGAGGAAGUGAAGAAAAAAUUUAUUGACUUCAAGUCAUCAGUAAAGAGGAAGCAUGCUGCUCUCAAGCGUCAACAGGAAAAAACUGGUGGCGGAGUGCCUGAUGUAAAACCCCUGACCAGUGUUGAAGAGGCAAUGCUUCCGUUAAUAAAAGAUGUCCAAGUAUCUGGUGUUCCUGGAUUUCGUGACCCUCAUCCUGCCAGUGAUGAUGAAGAGGACUUGGCAGCAGGUGACAUAGAUGUUACACUACCAUCAAGGCCAGCCUCACCAAGACCCAGUGGCACCCAAAACCUCCAAAUCUCAUCACCUCCAGAGCCUCUGUCACCAGACACUGACACAGAGGGAGUAGUGGAGAUAGCAUCUGAACCUGCUCCACCACAAGCUGAUGAUCAUCAAUACAGCCAACCUCCUCACGCUGGUAGAAAUCAGAGAGGCUCAUCACGUCGUGAGGGUACACUGGCUCCAGAAAUGCUUCAAGUUCACGAGGACAUAAGAAACUCCUUGUCUGAUUUGACUGAAUGCAUUACUACAUAUUUGCCAGGAAUAGCAACAUCUUUGAAUGAACUGGCAUCUCACAGACUUGUUUAGGAACAUUUCAAAAUGUCCUACAAAAUAUUCUUAUGUUAUUUUUGGAUUCCAGUGUCAUCUCUUUUCUGAAUUUGCUCAUUACCAAUUUCUUUUUAUUUAAGGAAUACUCUUAUUAUUUUCCACAGUAUUAUUUUUCUAUUUUGCUUGAUAUAUAGGUAGUUAUUCAUUUUUUAAUUUAAGGAGUUUAUAACCUGUUUUCACAGAGCCAUUUAUUUUCUUAUUUUGUACAAUGACAUAUUUAUUUAUUUUUACGGAGUAGCCUAUUUAUUAAUGAUGAAUUCUUUUUGCACUAAAAGUUUGAAUGUAAUGCAGACUUAGCCUCCAAAUACCAUUUAUUAAUUAUGAAAUAAUUUUAGUGUACAUUUGCAUUUCCUCAAACAUUUCAGUUAAUAUUUUGACAAAGAUGUAAAUUUAUUUUGAAGGUGAACAAUUACCUAUUGUUUAUAAUAUUUAGUAGCUUUUCUUAAAUACUGCUUCAGUUUUUUGUCCUAGUGGUGUAUUUAGCUCACCAUUACCUUU